AUGAUUGUCCAGCGGCUCGACUGUGUAGGCGCUGCAAUCCGCCUAGUCAUGAAUGAAGAUGAAGAUGAAGACAAAUGGUGCUACAACACAACAACCAUCAACAAGACAGCAGCAGAUCCUUCAGUAUCAUCACCUUCUCCAACCAUUUCUCUUGCAUCUUCAUCUCAACUUUCUUCACCCAUUCUUUCAGAAAGUUCUUUCCAUACAUCCUUUGAAGUUUCUACUAUCCCUUCACAUCAAUCACAUCCAGACGAAUUCCUCGAUAUUUUCAGUGGAGACAGUGACAGCGACAAUGACAGUCACAUCCAUGCAAGUAGCAGCUACCGUUCCAUCAGUCGUAGUAGGACUUUUGACAGUCGCAACUUUGCAGACUUAAAAAACGACAGCAGAACAAUCAAUAAUGAUGAUGACAAUGACAAUAACAUCGAACAAGAAGAAGAUGAUGAUGAUGACGACGAUGUGGAUUUUUACAGCAUUCAGCUUAGCUCCAGCAGUUGGAGCAAUAGCAGACGAAGUAGCAUGUCCGGAUCUGGAAUCUUCCCUAGACACUAUGGAAGUACCACAGGAAGCACUUGUACUUUGGCAACCGGCAUCAUCUCUACAACAAACAUUUCCACUUCAAGUUCCAAUGUUCUCGCCAGUAAUAGUACCAGUGCGUUGAACUUCAUUUCUACCUCUGUGACCCCAUUGCCAGCCGUUGUCGCACGUACAGGAUCUCUCCCCCGCCGUAUUGGAAACUCGCUGACUUUUGCACGUAGUCUGUUUCGCCCAGCCUCCGCCGUUGUAGUUUCCGAAGAGGACGAAGAGCUUUUUUCUCUUAAAUCUACACUUCCACGGUCUAACAGCGACACUUUGACGGUUCCAGAAACCAGCCAGCCAGGCUCAAAAUCUCCCGAGUCACACCCACACCCACACCCACACUCCUCAGCAUCAUCCGCUUCUUCAACUACUCGAAGAUCGUCUGUAAGCUCCUCCAAUAAUACGUCUCCGCUUUCGUCGUCCAUAUCGACUUUUAGCUCGGUGGACGCGCCGUUGACUGUCACUAAAUACCAUAAUCACGCGGCCACCACUACUACCACCAACACACAUGGGGGGGCUGUGUCUUCACUAGCCCUGCAAAAGAAGCCGCAGCGGCAAAAAUCUUCGUCAUCAUUCACGUCUUCUAUUUUUACAGGCGUAACAUCUUUACAGCAGAUCUCCGCGGAUGGAACCCCGGACACCGAUGCCAGCUCUUUCCACACUGCAAAUGGGUCUUUGUCUGAUGUUGCAAAUGUGCACGAAAUUCCAGGCUCAUCAGGUGGUGGUGGUGGUGGUGGUAAUGGUCUGCGAGCGGGGAUUUCAGUGGUGAUGGGAACAAUGGCGGUGACAGGAGGGGUGGUGGGUCUUGUGCCCACAGCAACACAGCAGCCCCUGGAUAAAAACACCGCUAUUGCAACAAAAACAAAAACAUCACCAUCAGAAUCUCCACUGGCGCAGGCGCCUACAAAAUGCAACAACAACAAACCAUCAUCAUCAUCAUCAUCAUCCUCUUCCAACCCUACUCCAAAUUCAACCUCUACCAGUUCCACUCGUGUGUACCGAGCACCGCCAUCGCCCUCUCCCUCUCCGGAACCUUCGAUAUUACACUCAAAUGAAUCUGAAUCAUCGUCUCCAAUAUUGGAGUCACUAGGAUCUGACCUUUUGAGCGACGACUUUGCCGCUACCUCACUUAUUCUUCCACCAUCACCACCAAUCUCAAAGGGUAAGGCCGAUCUAUCCAAAACUCCACAGGUCACUGUCACUGCUACAUCACCGCCGCAGUCAUUUACACUGAUAACUGGAAGUACUCAAACAGAGAAUGUUUCUUUAUCUGAGGACCCUAAACUGCCAGCUGUUUCUGUUUCUGUUGCUGACACACUGGCCGUCGCAGACUCUAUUCAAACAUCAAAUGUCGUCAAGCGUCGACAUAAUGCCAACACACGUUCCAUAUCUAGUCUAGGGUCUUUUGAAAUCGCCGACUUUGGGGACUAUAAAACCAACAAGAAAUCCUCCUCUGGAUCCGAUGGCAUCACUUUAUCUCCACUAACCGCAACUUCGCCUACUCCUCUUCGCCGAAGACAAGAUCGGCCUUCCCACAGACUCUCAUUCUCAGGAAUCUCGUUACUUUCACCAGCUGAAUCCCCUCUCCUGGCUUUUGACCAAACUUCCCAAGCAUCUUCUCGUAACUCGGUUCACACUAAGCGUUCCAACAUGAAUAAGGUUGAACACCGCCUAAUGGCUUCCCGUAGCAUGUACAACCUUGCUACACCAAAUGUCGCAGACAUUACCCCAGUCACUGAUCUUUCUGGCUAUUACGCAACUGCAAAUGCACCAGCAACAUCCUCUUCAACUUCUUCAACCUCUUCAAAUUCUAACAACACAGCUUCUUCUGCCGUCCGUCACAUCAGAGCAUUUUCCAAGUCAUUUUUGCACAAGUACUCAAGCUCUGAUUCAAAAGUGCGUGCUCUUGAAGAACAUAGCAUUCCAUACUCCACCAUCCCUGAGGGCUCUGUUCCUCCUUCUACACAACCACCUUCUUCAACCAUUACAGAAACAAAUCAUAUGGUUGGUCUUGGUCUUGAUCUGAGUUCAAAACUAGGUCAGCCACUGCGACAAACAUAUGCACAUUCGCGGGAUGUCUCGGCACCACUCCCUGGACGCAUGUCUCUGGACGGGUCUCACCACCACAGCCACACUGCUUCUGCCUCUUCUCACAUUAUAUAUUCCUCAUCAAUGUCCAUUCUGCCAGUAACCUCUCCUUCAACUUCUCUCGUGGCUUCAGAAAUGACACAACAAUCUCAGCAACUACAACAACAGCAUCUAUUGAGUGACACUCGUGAAGAUUCUUUUAAAAAGACACUCAAGUCGCCCAUCUCUCGUUUAUUUAAACGUCGCGCCGCAUCCACGCCCGAGUCCAAAACACUUAACAAACAAAUAAGCAUGUCGGGGCUUCUACAGCAACAGCCGCGCCCGGCUACUUCUUCCUUUUCUUCUUGUGGGAAUGACCCCUCGCGGAACGGAAGUUUAAUGCGCAAACCUGUACACAAAAACAGUUUGCCCACCAUUCCCCUAUCCAGUGUGCGUGGCGACAUUUCCGUCAAUUGGGAACAGGACCCCUUGCUGGAGCAAUAUUUCGACUCAGAGUCUUUAGCAGACAACGCCAAAGCGCCAUUCAUCCCACCCAAACGUGGGAACAGGCAGCGAGAUAUUGACGAGCAUCGACGGCGAAUCCAACAGGAGGCUGAACGGGAAAAGGAGGAGCGGGAAAAAAACCGCAAAGCUUGGUUCCAACAAAAAACAGAACAGACUACAAGCAACGAGGAGCUGGAGAAAGACAGAGCAGAAAAGCUUCUUUCAGAAAAAAGAAAGCUAGAAGAUGAUGUCCGUGGAUUAAGAAAGGAAAUUGAAGGUCUGAAAAGGGCUAUCCAAAAGGAAAUCCAACAGGAAGAAGAAGCUGAACGCAAGCGCAAGCAAAAUGGGUUUAAGCGGUUUGCUGAAACCCUCAUCAUUCCUGAGCCCUUUGAUUCUAGACCUUCCACAGCUUCUUCUGGUUCAGUAUAUUCUUCUUCUGUCAAAUCUCUUUCCAGCAAAUCUAAUGCAAAAACUACCAAUGACCCAGAGCCGCGGCCAGAGUCCUCAUCGUUGUCUGUGAUUAGACGAGAGGCUCUCGAACGCACUCUAACAGAAAAGUUAUCAGUGUUUGAAAUUACUCAGAAAAAAUCGCACGAGGUGGGUAUUCUCUUGAGUAGGGCAUACAAAAAACGUCGUGAUGUUGGGUCCAGCGGUGCUGAGUUUUGGAUUCACAGUGUGAGUGCAUGA